GCUGAGGAGACAGGAAUCAAGCCGAGCAGCGCUGCUCAGCGUGCCACUGCUCUCCCUCCCUGCCAGGCAGCAGCAGCGAGAGAGCUGCGUCUCUUCUCCUUCCCCUCCUUCUUUCCCUCCCCUGGAGCUGCAGAGCCACGAGCUGAGCGUGACUAACCCUUCCCCAGUGGCUCCCUCUCCUCCUGGGAGGCGGCAGGGAAGAUGAGCAGAGGGAAAUCGGGCAGCGCGUCCCCGGAGCGCCUGGACCGCUGCAGCCCCAACGGCGCGGCCACCAACGGGGAUGACAGCUACCAGGGCUCUUCCUACUCCUCCUUCUCCAUCGAUGGCAGGCUCCUGGCCCCUGUGCACCUCGAUAUCGACUCAGACUUCCAGGCCAUGAGGGAGCAGGAGAAAGAGGACAUCAAGUCACUCAACAACCAGUUUGUGACGCUCAUUGAGAAGGUCCAGUGUUUGGAGCAACAGAACAAGAUCCUGACGACACGGUGGAACUUCCUGAAGGAUCAAGACAAUUCCCACUCUGAGUCAGACAUCAAGGCCAUCUAUGAUGAGUACAUGAGCAAGAUGAAUCAAGAGAUGAAGGCUCUCAACCAUGAGCAGGAAAAUCUCGAGCUGGAGCUGACGAGGGUCCUGAGCACCAUGGACAACUUCCGAAGCAAAUAUGAGGAUGAAAUUCGCCUCUGUAGUGGCAUGGAAUACACCUUCAUGGAGCUCAAAAAGGAUUUGGAUGUGAGCACUUUGCACAGAACUGAGCUGGAGGUAAAGCUCAACGGGCUGCAGGAGCUGAUGAACUUGAAGAAAACCAUCUAUGAGCAGGAGCUCGAGGAGCUGCUGACAGAAAUCAAGGAUGUUUCUGUUGUGCUGGGGAUUGACAAUGCAUGCAAGCUUGAUCUGAGCAGAAUUGUGGAAGAAGUGAGGGCUCAGUAUGAAGCUCUGGCGCUUCGCAGCUGGGAGGAGGCUGAAGCACUUACCAGGAGAAAGCUGAAGGAAGGAAGCAGCCAGUCAGGCACCUACAGCAGUCACCUGCUCAACAGCCGCCGGCAGAUCGCAGACCUCAACAUCCAGAUCCAGAAGCUGAGGUCCUGCAUCGUGUCCCAGAAGAGCCAGUGCCUGUACUUAGAGGAGCACAUCAAAGAAGCGGGAGAGCACGGUGAGAUGGCCCUCAAGGAUGCCAAAGCCAAAGUGGUCAAGCUGGAAGAAGCCUUACAGAAGAGCAAAGAGGAUAUGGCUCAUCUGGUGAAAGAGUAUCAGGAGCUGAUGAACAUCAAGCUGGCACUGGAUGUGGAGAUACUGACUUACAGGAAGCUGAUGGAAGGGGAGGAGAACAGCAUGGAGCAACCCAUACCCACAGUCAUCAGCACCGUCCACUCCAGAGCAAAGCACCUUUCUGCCAGCACCCUCAGACACUCCAAGCUGUUUGCCAGAGGGACAAAGGCCUCUCGAAGCCACAGCGACAACUCGGCGGCAGCUGAAGCGGACGGUCCCGGCGGAGCGAGGCCAAAGCUCAGUUCCCUGCCCAGCCAGGGAUGCUCGUAGGAGAAGCAGAGCCCUGCAGCUCAACCACAGACCCACUGGCACCUGCAGCCAGGCCAAAGCUCUUUCUCCUGAACUCAAAGCCACGGUCUGAGGGACAAAGGGCAAGAAUCUACUCCGGGCUGUGUCUCUCAAGUUUGCCUUCACAACAUCCCAGUUAACGUCUGUCACCAGUUAUAAACCAACCCAGGACUUUAGAGACUCUCCCAGUCAGGUUUCCACACCAACAGCCUCCCUCCCAGGUCUGCUUCCCCAGAGGAUUUGCAUUCACAGCCUUUGAGACCAGGAAACUUGGCAGGAGGGAGAAGGUUUCUUACACAAGCUUUUAACACAGCAGCCAGCAGCCACCAGCUCAUUCUACCAGUGUUACAAGAUCACUGUCUCUGCUCUGUCCCUGCUCUGUGUGUGUGUGAGAGGUGCUCACUGCUGUGGCUUUCUGAGGAAGGCAGCAUUGAGCUUCCCAAGCUGAGCUGACAGGCAGAUGCAGGUAAACAACCUGAGCCCCGUGGGUUUGAGCAUCUGGCUGGUGCCAAACAGGCUGCAUUGGGGAUCCUUGGCCACUCCAGGGUAUUUCACUGAAUUCAUUGCCUCUUGGGUGGCCCCUUCCUUCCCUCCCACGCCACCAACCCUGCAACUCCUCCAGACUUCUUGUUUCUAAGCCACAUCUCUACCAGAGAACACUUCUGCCUGUCUCACCUAAAAGCAGGACAGGCUGCAGCACACAGAGGGGCUGUGGAAAGGGAUCUUGGUUCCCCUUUAGCUGCAGCCAGCUGGGCUUGUCUUUGUAUUUAUGGACCUCACACAGCAGCUUUUUCCCUUACCUGGCUGGCAGCAGCCAAUGCACCCCAAGCACGUUGCACCAAAGGUAUUAGAGACAACCCUAUAGACACCAUGUCCCCUGAGAGCAAGGCUGGGGGAUGCUCUGGCCUUCAGCCAGCCACUGCUGCAGCUCUCCUGCCCCAACUAAUGCAGCCAGUGCCCUGCAACACUCUCCUUGACUCUGGCUUCAGCCACUGCCACCCAGCUCACCGAGUUCCCAGCUUGGGAGGAGUUGAUGUAGUCUCUUGGCUGAUUUCCACUGAGUGCAUGGCAGUGCUUCCACAUUUCUGUGGGACAGACAACCACCCCAGCAUCUCUGUAACC